UCGGUUGAAUGGGUUGAAUCAAAUGUGUCACACUCAGAUAAUACAGAAAAGGCUUGGAAGGUCAACAAGCAAUCAGAUGCUGUGAAAGAGCCCUCACUGCAGAGAGAAGAAUGGAUGAAUUUAGACUUCAUGUCAUUAAAAACUACAUCUGCAGCAGCUGUCAGAGGUGAAAGACACAAAGAAAAAAUACUGGAACGACAGAAAGCUCAAGAACUGGAGCAGGCCAUGCUUUCUGAAAGAGAGCUCAAUCCCUAUUGGAAGGAUGGUGGUACAGGUUUGCCACCAGAGAAGGAUGAAGCAGCUUCAGUUAAGAAAGUUACAGUGGUAGAAGAUGCUGGAUUAAGUUGGUUGCGAAAAUCGUACCAAAGGAUGAAGGAGCAGGCUGAGAGAGAGAAACGAAAUUUUGAGGAAAUUGUAGCAGAAAGAUAUGGGUCAAUGGAGGCGUUUCAGUCACGUUUAGCAGAAGCUGAAAAAGUUGCAUCCAGAAAGGAGAACAAUUAUAGCAGUGGAAGAUGGAAGAAAACCGACUAUUCAGAAAGUGAGAGAGAGAAGAAAGAACAGCAUGUGAAAAAGGAGACACGAGAUGAAGGUGAUAGGAACAUGUUUGGGGGCUAUACGAGGGGGAAGUAUGACAGGGGAUGGGCACAAGAAGACAAAGGUUACAAAAGCAAUAUGUUAAGAGAAGACCAAAAACGGGGACACAGUAGCACAGACUCAAUAUUGAGAGGCUACAGGUCCAAAACAGAAAAGCACUCCAAUGAGAAACAAAGUGAGGAAAAGAGUUCAUCUCUAAGCAAUGUGAAACACAAGUUUCUGAAACCCUCUGAAGAUGACUUAUCAUCUUAUAGUGCACCUAGAGACUACAAGUCACAGCAGUCCUCAUCCAAACUGCCGGUUCAUAGCUCUUUGAGCAGCCGUUUCCAAAAACCUGGUGAGGAUACUGGACUGUGGACCAAAACACACAGGGAAGAAAACAGCGAGAAAGUAAUGUCUGAUCAAAAAUCAUCUGGAACUAGGGAACAAACUGAUGACAGUAGUUCGGAAGGAACUCCAGGUGAUGAAGAGAAGAAGUCGCGACAGGAAUACCCAAGCAGUAUCCCUGAGAAGAAGGAAACAUUAUCUGACAGUAAAAUGUCAUGUUCUAGAUAUACCUCAAAGGAUGAGCUGCCUCGGGUCCUUAGUGAAGAGGAGAUGAACAGGCUGGGAGCGAGGAUUGUGAAAGCAGAACUCAUGGGAGACAUGGAGUUGGCUUCAAAGCUUCAGGCAGAACUUGAGAAUGCUCGCAAAUUGAGAGAGACUCAAGGGCAGAUUCCAGCAAAGUCCGGCAGAGAG